AUGGCCCGUAUCGGAGGGAUUUCUGGCUCCGUAGAGCAUGAUUUCCAAGCCGGCGUCGAUAUGCCGGAUCUUGACGUCCGUGCCGGCCCGGCUGUCCACGGCGUUCGUACUGUCGCCCAGCCGGAUUCCGCACCGCCGGAAGGUACUUCGCCACUUCUUGGGCGUGCCCACGUUGGCCACGAUGGCCACAGCGUCGAGCUGGCCGCUUUGGGCGAUGUUGGAAGCGAUGAGGAUGGAAAGAAUCUUUGCGAGCUCUGGUACGGCAAGUACGAUGUAAGUUUCAUGAUGCACCAAACAACGACUGACAUGAGAGGAAGAAGAGCAGCAGAUAUUGGCCCAUUUGGCCCUUUCUCCGGAAACCUCUACGUCGCCAUCAAAGUUCAGAACCUCUGCGGUUGA